UUUGGGCCGUCGGGGAGGGAAGUGGCACCUUUGUCAUUGCACUUUGGGGCGUCUUUAUUGUUAUAUUUACCCUGCUCUUCUGAAAAACAGUGGCUUUAUGGUAGAUCCCAGGUGUGCCCAGGCUCCGGAAAGACAUAACUAAAGGAAAAAAAGCAGCAGCUUGCUCUGAAGAGCCUUUCCAAAGGGCUUUCCCGGGAAUCAGAUCCCCAGGGAGGCACAACUUGCACCUCCUGGAGCAAGAUGGAUGUUUGGGCAAGGCUUGCACAGGAGGAAAACACCCAUUUCUCAAGGUUUCCAGCUCUUCCCCAUGAACUACGGCUUCAGUUUUUAUCUCCAGGCAAGGAAAAGGAGAGCCCAGCAACUUUUAAAACGAAGGUGGCUUUAUUGCGGCAACGUGCUGCCCUGGGAAUGGUGGUCCCCCCCUUCUGCUGGAGGCCAACCUCAACAGCCAGGACAAGCAGCCACGAACAUCUUUAUGGCAUUUUCCUGGCUGGGCAGAGCUGCUGGCGCUGGACCCCAGCUCACGUUGAACGGGUGGGAUGCGAGCAGGUUCACGCCUGGGUUAAUACUGGUUUUAGGCAGGUGGCGAGUGAUGGGAGAUGGGGAGAAGUUGGUUCAUGCAUCAGCUUGGGCACCCAACUCCCCUCUUCCCACAGAGAAAACGUGGAAAUGCCUGGAAAACAGGAAAAUUUCAGCAAGAGAUGAAAUCCUGAGCAUAUUUUGCAGGAACUCUUCUCCCCGCUUACAAACAUGCCUCGUUACUGUCGAUACAGGGGAUGCCGAUAACAUUCCCUAAUUCACCCUGAAUUUUGCAUGUUGAAACCGCCGCUGCCUGGCUCCAGACCUGACCCUGCUACAGACGAGAGAGCAAACCUGAAAAAACAGGAGCUGGGAAGAAAACGGGAGCAGGGAUAAGGUACCAAACAGGUUUUGCAUUGCUUCUGCUGAGACUCCAGAUCCUGCCAUCAAAUAAUCUCCCCAGAGGCAAGAGAAAAGCCCCGCUAUCGGAUGACCUUAAAGCGCAAAGUCUGAUUUCCAACCCUCGUUUUUUUGCUUAAUGACGAGGCCGGCCGUGACGAAGUGCCAGGCGCUGGGUUGAUGCGGAUUUAUUGAUACCCCUGUUAAAAGGCUAAGUGGAGGCGAGCAAGCCAGGCAUGAAAUGGAAGCGGACAGCUCGGGAAGCAAAGCAGACACACUGGUGUGACCAAGAGUUUGCUUUUCAUGAAAUCAAAUUUACAGAUGAUCAACAUCUAAAUGGCAAAACGACGAAAUUGCAAAAUAAUUCACCGUUCAGCCCCCCACCAACCCCCCGGCAAAGUGUCUUUGAUGCCCAUGGGCCUCAUCCUAUCGUCCCCAGGGGUUCUCACUGAUGGUGAUGCUUCCCUGCACCUCUCUGAAGAAUUUCUUUCCAUUUCUUAAGGUCAGAUGUACACAAUCUUGCACACAGCAAAGAAAUAAAAGCCGUUUCCCUCCCCAAUCCCUAGCAAUCGAGCCAAAACUGAUGCAAAAAAUAAGCCCCAAACCACCCCAACAACCCCAGAAGAGACAGAUCCUGCAGGUUGGGGAUGGACAACUUGAAUUUUCCGACGUCCUGGUGGUCUGAUGUCUAGAGACCGCCACUGCGCAAGACCAAAUCUCCUCUGGCUUCAAUGCCCCAUCCUCUCCAGAGGUCUGUUUGCAUCCCGUGAUGCCUUUCUCCUCCCAAAGUCAAUGAGCGUCGCCCAAAAUACAUUUGAACCUGGGAGCUACGGGGCGUUCAGCAUUAGGCGUCGAUACAAUGGUGGCCGGAGCAUCUUCAUCUCAAGGCACUCUGGGCUCCCGCACCCACCAGCGCCCGUGACUUUACUCCACGGUCCCGUCCUCUGAUUUCUGAGCACUUUAGGGAAGCUCAAGCUCUCUCCAGGCAGCAGAACCAUGCUGGAGGAUGAGGAUGGGAUGAGCGAGAGGGGGCUCAGCAGCUCGAGGAGGAGGUACGACGAUGAGGAAGAUUACCACUCCAUCUACAUUGGGGUGCCAGUGCCUCGGGGCUACCGGAGGAAACGGCGUCGACGAAGAUCUGUCUCCAGCCGGGACAGGACGAGCGAGAGCGAGCGGCACUACGAGCGCCAGGAUCGCUCCGACACCGACGACGGCGGCCACGGCUGCUACGAGAGCGGCAACGACAAUGCCAGCAGGACCAUGUCACCGGCUGCCGAGCGCCUCCGCUACAUCCUGGGGGAAGACGAUGAAGCUCCCAACCCCACGCUCUUCACGGAGAUGGACACGCUGCAGCACGACGGCGAGGAGAUGGAGUGGAAAGAAUCGGCCAGGUGGAUAAAGUUUGAAGAAAAGGUGGAGGAAGGAGGGGAGAGGUGGAGCAAGCCCCACGUGUCCACGUUGUCUUUGCACAGCCUGUUUGAGUUGCGGACGUGUCUACAGACGGGAACGGUGCUCCUGGACUUAGAUGGCUACUCUCUGCCCCAAAUUAUAGACGAUGUCAUUGAGAAGCAGAUCGAGGAUGGUCUGCUCAAGCCAGAGCUGCGGGAGAAGAUAAGCUACGUGCUCCUCAGGAAGCACCGCCACCAAACCAAGAAGCCAAUCCACCGGUCCUUGGCCGACAUCGGGAAGUCCGUCUCCUCCAGCACAACCCGCAGCCCCGUCCGGAGCCCAGCCGCCGGCGCUGCCUUCCACCGCUCCACCGAGGACCUGCGGAUGCGACAGAGCGCGAGCUACGGCCGCCUGCGUCACGCGCAGAGUCGGAGCAUGAACGACAUCUCGGACACACCAAGCUCCGACCAGCUGAAGAACAAGUUCAUCAAGAAGAUCCCCAAGGAUGCCGAGGCCUCCAAUGUGCUGGUGGGAGAAGUGGAGUUCCUGGAGAAGCCCUUUGUGGCUUUCGUGCGGCUCCUCCAGGCAACGAUGCUGGGAGGGGUGACGGAGGUGCCUGUCCCCACCAGGUUCCUCUUUAUUCUCCUUGGUCCCGCGGGAAAAGCCAAAUCCUACAACGAGAUCGGCAGAGCCAUCGCGACUCUCAUGGUGGACGAUCUCUUCAGCGACGUUGCCUACAAAGCCCGGGAUAGAGAAGACCUGAUCGCCGGCAUAGAUGAGUUCCUGGAUGAAGUCAUCGUCCUGCCACCUGGCGAGUGGGACCCCAACAUUAGGAUUGAGCCACCCAAAAAAGUGCCCUCAGCUGAGAAGAGGAAAUCUGUUUUCUCGCUGAACGAAGUGGGACAGAUGAACGGCACGGCCGGUGGGGCAGGCGCUGGGGGCGGUGGAGGAGGCAGCGAUGAUGGGGAGAUGCCCGAAGUUCAUGAAAUCGGGGAAGAGCUCGCGUGGACGGGCAGGUUUUGUGGUGGCCUCUAUCUGGAUAUCAAGAGGAAGCUGCCCUGGUUCCCGAGUGACUUCUACGAAGGCUUUCAUAUCCAGUCCAUCUCUGCCAUCUUGUUCAUCUACCUGGGCUGCAUCACCAAUGCCAUCACAUUUGGGGGCUUGCUUGGGGACGCGACGGACAACUACCAGGGCGUCAUGGAGAGCUUCCUUGGCACGGCGAUGGCAGGCUCCAUGUUUUGCCUCUUCGCUGGGCAGCCGCUCAUCAUCCUCAGCAGCACCGGCCCCAUCCUCAUCUUCGAGAAGCUGCUCUUCGACUUCAGCAAAGGCAACGGCAUUGACUACAUGGAAUUCCGCCUCUGGAUCGGCUUGCACUCUGCCCUACAGUGCCUUAUCCUGGUGGCCACCGACGCCAGCUUCAUUAUAAAGUACAUCACCCGCUUCACGGAGGAAGGCUUCUCCACCCUCAUCAGCUUCAUCUUCAUCUACGAUGCCAUCAAGAAGAUGAUCGGAGCCUUUAAGUACUAUCCCAUCAAUUCAGACUUCAAGCCGGACUACGUGACCAUGUACAAGUGCGAGUGCAUCGCCCCCGACCCAGCCAACGCGACCUUGUUUGAUGCUUCAGCUCCAGUGGCACCAAACACCACUAACGUUUCUCUGUACAAUGCUAUUAACCUAACAGCUCUGGACUGGACUCAGCUGAGUAAGAAGGAAUGUCUCAAAUACGGCGGCAGCUUAGUGGGGAAAUCCUGUAAAUUCGUGCCCGACCUGGCCCUUAUGUCCUUCAUCCUCUUCUUCGGCACCUACUCCAUGACCUUGACCCUGAAAAAAUUCAAAUUCAGCCGCUAUUUCCCCACCAAGGUCAGGGCUUUCAUUGCCGAUUUUUCCAAUGUCUUCUCCAUCCUGCUUUUCUGCGGAGUGGAUGCCUGUUUCGGACUGGACACCCCUAAGCUCCAUAUCCCCAGUAUCAUCAAGCCCACCCGUGUGGACCGAGGGUGGUUCGUGUUUCCCUUUGGGAAGAACCCGUGGUGGGUUUACCUGGCGAGCGCCCUGCCCGCCCUCCUGGUCACCAUCCUCAUCUUCAUGGACCAGCAGAUCACAGCCGUCAUCGUCAACAGGAAGGAGCACAAGCUGCGGAAAGCAGCGGGUUACCACCUGGAUCUGUUCUGGGUGGGCAUCCUCAUGGCCGUCUGCUCCUUCAUGGGGCUGCCCUGGUACGUGGCAGCCACCGUCAUCUCCAUCGCCCACAUCGACAGCUUGAAGAUGGAGACGGAGACCAGUGCCCCAGGGGAGCAGCCCCAGUUCCUGGGGGUCAGGGAGCAGAGAGUGACGGGCAUCAUCGUCUUUGUGCUGACAGGGAUUUCUGUCUUCCUGGCCCCUAUCCUGAAGUACAUCCCCAUGCCGGUGCUGUACGGCGUCUUUCUGUACAUGGGUGUCGCGUCGCUGAACGGCAUCCAGUUCUGGGACCGCUGCAAGCUCUUCCUCAUGCCGGCCAAGCACCAGCCCGACUACGUCUUCCUCCGGCACGUGCCGCUGCGCCGCAUCCACCUCUUCACGCUGGUGCAGAUCGUCUGCCUGGCCGUCCUCUGGAUCCUCAAAUCCACUGUGGCUGCCAUCAUCUUCCCCGUCAUGCCCCCUGCUGCAGAGCCAGAAGGGCUGAGAGUUCAUUUGGGAAGAGGAAGGCAAACCCUCCUCCUCCUCCUCACGCACCCACCCUGGAGGUUUUGGGUCCCUUUGAGUGCUCCAGGUGGUCUUGGAGCCCACCGAGGCGCUGCCUUCACCGAAUUUCCCCACUUUCUUCUCCAGUUCCCACCUCCCUCAGUCAUUAAGAUCCCCAUGGAGCCCCUGCCAUCGCAGCCCCGAAACGGGGGUCCCCAUUGCCUCAGCCGAAAGAGGUCCUCCACCUGGAGCUUUGCGUUCUGAUACCUCCCCAAACGGUUCAGACCUGGAUCGCAGUAUUACGCUUCACCUGAAGAUUUCGUGCCCAUCGUCUCCCGCAUUUAACUACUCCCGAAACCCCCUCUGCGCCGUGCCCCAGGUGAAGAUCGAGAUGGAGUCGGACUACGAGGACACCGACACUGAGAAACCACCUCGGGACAUGGGCAGUGAGACCACGCUAUAGUCCUGCGCAGAGCUUCCUCUGCCGUUUAUAUAUAUAUAUCGAUAUUUAGAUAUUCAUAUAUAUAUAUAAAGCAAAUUGGGUUUAUUUUCGUAUGUGAGGCGGAGGAGACCGGUGGCCCCAGGAGUCUGUUGCUCGGGUAGUUUUUAGUGUCACGAGUCAAACGCGUUGUUGAAUUUCCUCCCUUUCUGCUGGGCUGGUGGCAAAAUGGGGCUGAAAAGGUGAAAUUGGCGAUUUUGGCCCCCACGAGCCCCAGAGCUGCUGCUGGGUGGAGAAGCUGGAGGUGGUCGGGGCUGCGGGAGCAGCAGGGAUGGGG